AUGGAAGGAGGUGGUCUGGGGGACCAGCUCCUACCAUCAGGAUAUUCCAUGAACCAGGUUCAAAACCUGGACCUAGAUCCAGAUCAGCACCUACCUCAAGCUCAGGACCAACAACACAGGCAAAUAGAUCAAGAACAAGAACUUCAACAGAAGGAACACGAACGCGGUCAACAACAAGAACAGGGGCUUCAUCAACAAGAACAAGAACGGCAGGAACAAGAACAAGCUCAGCAACGACAGCAGGAACAAAAGGAACAAGAACAACGAGACAAAGAUCUAGAGGCUGAGGACAUAGCAAAUGAAGAGAUGAUGGACCAAGAAGAAGAAGAAGAAGAGGAUGGAGAAGAAGAGGAGGAGGAUGAAGGUGAACCAGGAACAGAAGAAAUGAGAGACGAAGAAGGGGAAGGAGAUGAUGAUGACGAUGAAGAUGAUGAUGAUGAGGAUGAAGAUAUAGACGAGAUAGGACGAAAAGAAGCGACAGUCUUUGUUCCCGCUGAAACAAUUCAGGAUUCGGUUGAAACACAAAACCUGAUAACUCCAGACAGAAGAAACUGCGGAGGUUUUGAGGAAAAUAUUGUUUUAGCUGUGAAAGAGUGCUUUUUCGAGGACGAAAUCCGUUGUAUCCUUAUCAAGAAAACUAAGAACGGAAAGAAAGUUAAAUAUUUUAACAGAAACUGCACGAAUUUCGCCGUAAAUAAACGAGUUUGCGACAUCUGCGAUAAAUGGUUUACAAAUCUUUCAGCUGGACUACCCUUCACUGAUAUUGGGAGUGGUGAUAUCGAGAGUUUCUUAGACGUGAAGUUGGAUGUUGAGAGUAAGUACGUGAAGACUGAAGACAACCAGCCCUACAUUAAACAGGAGAUAGUUCAAGACAAUGACGAAGAACAUCUAGGUAACGAAAGUUGGGACUCAGGACACAGAUUCCGGAAGAUGAAGAAGAUUGUUCGUGUUCCUUAUGAUCCUGAGAAGAAGAAGAGAAGAAUUCCUUUAGAGCUUAAAGUUCCUGGUGGGUGGAUUUGCAAGGUUCCUGAAUGUGGAAAGGUGUUUGCUAAAAGAAAAGGAUGGUUAAAGCAUGAUCUAACACACGGAGCUAAAAAUACAUGCAGUUACUGUGGUAUUGCGGUUAGUAAACUACGCGAGCAUAUAAAGAGAAAACAUCCGGAAGCUCUAGAUGAUGACGUCUCAAAUUGGUCGGCUGGUCUAACUUUUGAAUCUACCCCUAGGACUAAAGCAACUUCAGUACCAAAAACAGAAAAACAAACUAUAAAAAAAUGUGUGGAAGAGAGAAUAAAAAUAGAUUUCGACGCAAUAACACGGGACGAGCACGGGAACUAUGUUUGCCGUUGGGAGGAGUGUGACAAAGUUUUUGAGAAGAAAAAGUUGUAUUUGAAGCAUAUAUACCUGAUUCACGAGGGAGGAAGUGAUAAACGAAAACGGAAAAAAAUUUGUGACAUCUGCGGAAACCUGAUCACGGCCAACAAUAUGAAACAGCACGUUAGAACUGUGCAUACACAUAAACACGAGAAGAAUUUCUCUUGUGAACACUGUGGGAAGGAGUUUAAAUAUCGAUCUGAGUUGACUGUCCAUUUAACCCAUCAUACUGGCGAGAUGAAUUUUACUUGUACAGGGUGCGCCAAGAAAUUCAGACGAGCAGCAGAAGCGAGACUUUGUGAGAAAGGACAUCGCGGCAUUUUUGCAUUCAGGUGUCAUAUGUGUGAUUACAAGACAAAUAAGAAAAAUCAUUUGGACCGACAUAUUGAAUCACAUCUUAAGGCAACUCCAUUUGCAUGUCCGAUCUGCGGAUUUAAAUCUGGUCGGAAGGACAACUUAAAACAACACAUAGAGAAACGACACUGCUCAGCUAAUACUUCUAUUAAGCAGCUUGAAGACAUGUACCCAGAUAUGUACAAGAUGCAUGAAACCUGUGAAGCCGCUGUGAUAGCUAAAACUGAAGCACUGGCAGAAAACUUUGCUCGACUGCAUGACCCGGAGGCUGUGGAAGAGGAGGUUGGAAAGGUUGAGGUCGUGAAGGUUAAGCCUCCGAGGGAGGAUAAGUUUGGAGCUCUCUACGAGCACAACAAAUAUAGCAUUCAUACAGGGGAUCUAGGUGUUGGUUCUAGUAUGGAACAAAGUCUUAUUCAGCACGCUAUUCAGAAUGAUAUCAGUGAGGGUAUGAAAUACCAGAUUCCGGAGCAGGUUGAGCAGAAAUAUAUGCCUCCAGACCAACAGAGAAUGUCAGAGCAUGAAAGAUAUUUCCAGGAGCAGAGAGAGAGAAUGCUUUUAGAGCAAAGGGAGCGCGUUCUCAUCGAACAACGCGAACGCGCAGAGAGGGAUAGACAAAUUCAGGAGCAACGUGAGCGGGAACAUCGAGAGCGAAUGCUAGCAGAGCAAAGGGAACGGGAACGCAUAAUGGCGGAACAGCGGGAGCGGGAAAGAGAACGAAUGGCUAUGGAAAUGCGGGAACGAGUUUUACAGGAGCAUAGAGAAAGACUCGGAACCGGACAGAAUACUCUGGCUGAAAUGUAUCAACGAAUGAGAUCCUUAGAUCAGUAAGGGAAGGACAAGAUAAGACGACAUUUCACCAGUUUAACCUGAACAAAUUUCAGAUAAAUAUUCUAAAGUUCUCUAUGUUCAAUUAUUUGUUAAUUUUAAAUCUGCGUGUCCCGCAUCUUGUGCGUAAUUAAACAAUUAUAAAUAUAAUUUUAUAAGAUUAUACUCCUUAGUGUGUUACAAAUCCUAACUAACUAGGCCUGUAUAGCAGAAAUAUACAAAUUUAUCUCGUCAGAACUCCCCCCUCCCCUACCCAUGUUGAAUACGGGACCUUAAAGGGUUUAAUAUCCCAAUAUAGAAUAAUAAAUAGAUAUUAUACGUCUUCUCUUCUAUUUUUUUUUCUGAAAUUUUUGUUAAAAAUCAUACUCACAAAUAUUUUCCAUAUAUUCACCCAUGUGCUCGAGCUGAGCAUUGGCCUUUUAUUGAUGCAUUUGAAUAGAAGAUUUAUCAAGAAUAUUUUCUGAUAAGAUUAAAAUGAACGUAAUUUCUGGUUGCAUCGCGAUAACUCUUGACUUAAAAAAUCAUCUUUUGCGCCAAUUUGUUGUGGCUGAGUACUGAAAACAAUUCCGAUAAUGUCAUUGAAUAACAUGUUCUUAAUUCAUCAUUGUAAAAUAUUUGCUAACGCAUCAUGUUACAUUGUUUCGCGAUGCAUCAUUGUAUAAUGUUUCAGAUGCAUCAUUGUAAAAUAUGUUCCGUAAUGCAUCAUUGUAAAAUAUGUUCCGUAAUGCAUCAUUGUAAAAUAUGUUCCGUAAUGCAUAAUUGUAAAAUAUGUUCCGUAAUGCAUCAUUGUAAAAUAUGUUCCGUAAUGCAUCAUUGUAUAAUAUGUUCCGUAAUGCAUCAUUGUAAAAUAUGUUCUGAUGCAUCACUAUUAUCUCUAGCCUUCCUUUGCAAUGUUAUUAAAAGAAGUUGACUAUUGUGAUUAAAUUUCCUAAUCACUGUUAUGUAAAAAAUGUAUUUUAUGUAAAGUGUACAGAUAGUAUAUCCAAUGUUUAAAUCAAAGUAAAUAACCACGGUUUAAGCAGUGCUUCCUCUUUAGUUCCAUUACCACUGUUAUUUUUACACGAAACCCAGUUUUAGAAAAAUAAAUUUAAUAAAAAUCCAACUUAACACCACAACUCUUGACAGUUUUUUUUCGAAAUAUCUAAAGAAUUUUCAAUACAACAAUUUUCUUCUUUUUUCCUCUAUUUUUUUUUAAGGAAAACAUUUAGAUUCAUUAACUUUAAUUAAAAGACUUUUUAAUCGAGCGGGUUGCAUCAGAUAUCUUCUUUUGGAAAAGAUUAUUACUUAGAUUUAGUUUAACUGUUAUACACAUGUACACAAUAUAGUUGCGCCUUCAGACAUCAUAAUUACA